GACCCUCCUGACUUCAUCGCUUCCGACCCUCCGGUCCUCGUAUUCUCCGGGGGUCGCGACUCCAUCUCCAAUAAAGCCAUGAGUCGCUUCCAGUCCCGCGCAGAGCAGCUUCGUAUCUUCACACCUGAACAAGAUCCUGCAGAACCAGAACCGGAGCCGCUACAACCCAGCGAAGACCUUCAACUGCGGACAGAAACCCGGAGCAGAGCAGCUAGAACUACCGGCUCCAGCAGGCUGAUCUAUUCUGCAGAUUCUCCACGUUCUACUCAGACAUGCAGUUCCUCAUCUUCUGCUCCUGUGUUCUCCCAGUCCUCACUGCGCGCAUUACUGGUCAGCAGGUUCUGGUUAAAUCCGUUCCAACCACCUGGAAGGACCUGAAUGAAGCUGCCAAUCUCACCUGUCCACACCCCUGUCCAGGUGUGAUCACAUGGGAGAGGGAGGGGAGUAAAGUGGCCGAGUGUGGCCGAGAAGAAGGACUGGAGUUUAGAUGUGAAAGAUUCCAGAACCGGGGAUUCCUCAACAUUCUUCACGUGAAUUAUUCAACCAGGGGCUUUUAUUCUACCAGGUGUGAUGGGAAGGAGCUCUGCUUCCAGAACCUCCAGCCUAACUGUCAGAACUCUUCUGCUGAAGAAUCAGCUGGAGGUUCCCUCACCCUGGAUCUUCUAACACUUCAUCCAGUGAAGCUGAUGUUCACCUGCACUGAUGGAGGAAAUGAAACCACUGUCCAGGUGUGCUCUGUGGAUGGACGUUCUGUUCAGCCUGGGCCGGGCUACGAGAACAGGCUGGUUCUGUCUGAGAACUCGCUGGUGCUGAGAGGACUGAGGACGGCUGACUCUGGAGUUUACACCGUGCUGGAGCUCCAUAAAGGAGAACCUCUGAUCAGAACCGUGUCGGUCAGAGUUAAAGGUGUUGAGAUGAAUGAGACUGUGGAGGACGACCAUCAGGAAGGAAAAGACAGUGGAUACUGGAAGGGAUUUGGAACUGCAGCACUGAUAUUUGGGAUUCUAGUUCUGGUUCUUGUUGGAAUUUGGGUGUUUUUGAAAAUUUGCGGCAUGCCACACAAUUUUAAUCUGAAGGACAGAUGUGUGAAGAAGCUGAAAAGAAGUAGUUCCUCACACAGAAAUCAUCCAGAGGAUGUGGAAAAUGGAGUUCCUCUGACUGUACAGCGCACCAGCUAGUGCUGCACACAGCAAAGAUCCACUGUCUUUAGUGUGACGUUGACUAGGAGGACCCAAUCAGAGCCUGGGAACACAUUUACACCAUUAUACACGAUUACACCUUAAAAAUAAAAUGACAUCAGAUUUUUUACAUCUUCUAUGUAAAAAAAAAUAAAUACAUGUUCUGUUAUCUUACAAGAAAAUAUUUUUAUGAUUAUAAAUCAGUCAUCCCUUAAAAAAGAAUACGUCUAAACGUGUAUGACUGCAACUAAUUGCGAUUUGACCGUCUGAACUGUCCAAUGAGAAAAAAAUAAUAAUAAUAAUAAUUUUGACACAUUUCUUGUACUAGCAUUAAUUUACACAUUGAAUUGAAUUGAAAAUGGAAAAUUGUAAAAUAUUAAGACAUAGGAGAGCUUACAUGAUGUUUUGGGAUGGGUAUGGGGUUUGUAUUUAUUUAAAAAUAAAACAAUGUUAUUCAGCUUAAGUAUGGUUUUAAAGAAAGACUCAGUGUAAAGAUGCAGUUACAAAAAUACUGAAAUAAAUACUUAUUAUAUGUAAAUACUUAUUUUACAAAUUGCUUGUGUUUAAAAAUUGAGAUUUAUUGUAAUUUAAUAAAAUAAAAAUGAUUGAAUUAUUUAAAGUGAGACCUGAUAUAGGAUAAUGUUUUUUUUUUUCAUAUUCUUGUUUGAUUAGGAAGCACUGGUCAAUUAUAAUCUAAUUAUUUUAGCUCUCAGAGCCAUAUUACUGCCUUUACCUGUUCCAGUCCAGUACUGUU